AUGUUGGCAGGUGUGCUUUUUAAACGGCAACGAAUUUUAUCAUCACGAACAUUGCAGCAAUUAGUAUCAUCAUCGGGUUUCAGUUUGAAGAAUAAUUCUCUUCUCUCUAAAGUUAAUUUAAACCUUUUGAGUAAUUUUUCAAGCCGACGAUUAAAUUAUUCGACUCAAUCGACUCAAGCCACAGCCAGGCCACCAAAAAGCAUGUUUCCAGAUUCACCUGUGCCUGCUGUCAGUGUUCUUCUCUUAAAGAUGGAACUUGACAAGAGUACACACGAUGUUUCUGCAUUUAAAAUUCUAAUGAUAAGAAGAGGAAAACCUCCAGGCAAAAACUUACUUGCCCUUCCAGGAGGCCACUUAAAUGUUGAUGAAACUAUUAGAGAAGGAGCAUUACGAGAGUUAGAAGAAGAAACAGGAAUUAAGUCAGAUUUUGUUUAUUUCACAAAUGCUCCAAUAUAUUCUCUCGAUUCUAUUUAUUAUCAUCAAGAAGAAAAUGCUGAUAUUGACAACAAAGCAGAAACGACUAAUAGCUCAAAUGCAGAAAAUUUAACAGCCAUGAAAAUAUCAACCACUUCUGAUGAAAUUCAUUUUCGAAAAGAGUUAAACGAAGAGUUGAAGAGAAGAAUGAAAGAAGGGGAUUCAAAUAUCAAAAUUCAAUUUCAUUUCAUCAUUUCAACUGUUUUAGGAAUUGUAAUUCCUGAGAAAAAUAAUCAAGUUUUUGGACAAGCAUUAGAUGACGCCAAACAAAUUCAAUGGAUUAAAAUUUUAACACAAAACGAGGGAAACCUUCCGAGAAAUUACACUCACGUCGACGACGAUGGCUGUUUAGUGACACAUUUAGAAGAUUGGAUUGACGAAAGAAAUCAUCGAACAUUAUGUGAAAAUUUGAAAACAAUUUAUUCAAUGCCCAUCGUAGUUAGACAUGCAUUAAUGAGACUUUUACCAUCAUCAUCAUUUUCAAAACUUGUUAGCUUGUAUGGAGGAUUUAGUGGAACAACAUUUCCCUCGUCUGUUGAUCUCUCACUGCUAUCCCAAAUGGAUGAUUUGCUUUUAUUUCCACCCAUUCAAGAAAGAAUUUUGAAAUUUUGGUUUGACAAUGAUCCUCAACGUACAGGUUGGUGGUUUCGAUCAUCUCUUGAGAUUGAUCAGCAUAUUAGAACAUCAUUUGAGCCAAUGCUUUUAAAUCUAGCUUACAAAUUGGAACUGUUAUUUGAAAAGAAUGAACAUGACAUUCAAAGAGUACUUUCCAAACAAUCUGAACGAACACUCCUUGCCUGUAUCCUUAUGCUUGAUCAAUUUCCAAGAAACAUGUAUCGUAACUCUUCCAAUAGCUUCCACUUUGACCACACUGCACAAAAACUUUCUAAAUGGUGCCUUGAAAAUCAAAUUGAUAAGAAAAUACUCUCACCCCUCGAGAGAAUGUGGUUCUAUUUUCCGCUUGAACAUUCAGAAGAUCUCUCAUUGCAACAAUUGUCAUGCCAACUAUUUAAAUCUCUCGUAGAAGAACAUCCUACCUUUGAGUCCUAUUUACGUUACGCAGAACAACACAGAGACAUUAUUCAACAAUUUGGAAGAUUUCCUCAUCGAAAUAAGGUUAUGAACAGAGCAAGUACUCCACAGGAAAUUGAAUUUUUAAAAACCUUUUCAUCAUUUUGA